CUCCCCCCGGUGUGACUGUGUGUACGUGCCGGACUGCAAACAGUGAUGGCGGACUCCCCAACCAUCGUUUCCUCAUUUUGUUGAGCUCCGACCGAGAAGACGAACACCGAACAAUAGCCGCGUUUAUCCCACCGUCGUCGGCGGAACUCCAGCUCAGGGCGCGUCGCGGUUUCUGGAUCUUUUGUGGGUUUUUGAUCCCUGAGUCACCGACAUGAGGAUGCCGGCGUUGGAGGCGGCAGCGGGCGGGCUGAAGCAGUGCCGGCAGGCCCAGGAUCAGCUGGAGGACGCCAUCGACAGCGUGAUGAAGGCUGAGCAACAGCUGAGGGAAAACACCAGAGAGGUGCGUGCGGAGCUGCAGAGCUGUGUGAGUCGUCAGCAGGAGGCGCUGCGCUGCAGAGAGGUUUGGCUUCUCGGUCAGAUCGAGCUGCUGGAACAACUCAAGACUGAAACUCUGCAGCAGCAGCUGCACCAGCUGCACUGGCUCCGAGGUCAGUUUGAUGUGAUCAGCCAUCAGCUGCAGAACUCAAACAGCAGCAACGAUCUGAGCAACCAGCUGACCAGCUGCAUGGAGAAGUUGUCCUCUCUCAGUCUGACCCCGGAGGAAACACCUGAGAUGAGUUUCCACGCCGACACUCGCUCCCUGAGGCAGGCCAUCACCUCGUUUGGUAGCAUCACUGCUCAGCUUGUGGAGGCGGCGUCCUCUCAGAGCCCCGCCCACCACGGCGGCCAGAUGAACACACAGAAGGAGGCGGGAGCUCUGGACGAUUGGCUGCUGGGAACUCCUCCAGCGAGCAGCUCUCCUAUUGGUUACCAGUCCAGCAAGAACCCUCAGGAUUGGCUCGUGACACACAAGGAGAGCAAGACUUCCUGUCCCGCCCUGAACUCGGUGGACUUCCUGCAGGCCUGGGGUCAGCUCAGGGACCUGGAGGCGUGGCUCCUCCAGGAUCAGACCCCCGUCAGCAGGGAGAGGACCAACAGCAGCUGCAGCUCCUCCUUCUCCAUCGAGAAGAUUGACGAAUCAGAGUUCACCCUCUCACCUGAGGAGGAGGAGCUGAGCGACUGGCUCAUCACCCCGCCCACUGUUGCCAUGGAGACCAUGUCAGAUGCCGAGCGGUGGCGGCAGGUACUGAAGCCGUUCGGGGACAGCUGGUCCUCCGCCGAUUGGCUGGUGGGGUCGAGCCGCCCCCCUGCCGACUGUUCCUCCUGCUGCCAGACCACCAAGGCCGUGGAGAUUGAGAACCUGGGCCAGCUCAAGUGCCUGAAGACCCCACCCGCCUCCGGCCCCGUCUCCCCGAUCGCCCCGGUGACAGCCCUAGAGGCGUGGCUGCAGCAGGUGGUGCCGGUGCAGCAGACCUGCAGGGCCAACGAGGUCUGCUCCACCUACUCGGACUGCGUCUGUGACGAGAACUGUGGGAAAGAAGCCCUGAGCCUCUGGCUGCUCAAACAGGACGGACGAGACAAGAACGGAGUCCCUGUAGCCCCGCCCACAGCCAAAAACGCCCCGCCCGCUGCAAAGAACGCCCUGCCCACAGCCAAGAACGCCCCGCCCACCCUGCACCUGAGGGAGCAGGAACAGAAGGUUCAGGCCAUCCUGGAGGCCUGGCUCCACCCCACCAACACCUCCUCCUGCUCCUCUUCCUGCAGGACUCCUCUGCAGGCUCUGACCUCCCUCUCUAGCUGGGUGGCUCCUGGGAAGGAGAAGGCCAGCAGGGAGGAGCAGAGCUCCCAGUUCAAGCUUUCCUCCUCCUCCUCCUCCUCCUCUCCAUUCCAGUGCCCUCUGGACCCAGAGCUCUGGGUGCUUCCGGGACAGACGUCCCCCUCUGCUCCGGGGUCAGGAGGUCAGCCCCGUCCAGCAGCAGAAGAGGACAAAUGGCUGCUGAAGAAGAGGAGUCAGGCUCAGGAGCGCCUGGCGCUGCCCACUGUCUGUGACCUGUUCUCCUGCAUGACGGUGGGCGGGGACAAAGAAAAAUGGCUGCAUAAGGCUCCUGAACAGAUGUGACCACGAUGAUGAUGAUGAUGAUGAUGGAUGGUUUCUUCCUCUCUCCUGUGGCAGUCACUUUAUCGCUGAUCAGCGCACACAAUCACAACAAUCUAACCAUCGCAGCCGCCUUCUUCCUGUGACAUCACCACGCUGAGCCGCUGCCUGCCGCUCUCCUCCAAUCAGGAUCAAUACACUUUAGUGGCGUCUCCAAACCGCUGAUGGACGUUCAUUCUUAAACUUGAGGAAACCACAUCGCUGUCGUCAUGACGACAGUUGAGCUUAUUUUUAAUCAUUUUCCCCUGAUUAGAACUUAAUUUUGAGCUUUGACUGACAGAAAAUCAAUCGUUUGGGUUUUGGACUUUUGAUUGGACGAAAGGAGACAUUUGAAGACAUCAACUUGAUUUUCCUCAUUUGAUGUGUUAAAGAGGAAAAAAUCCCAGAAUGCAUUUCAUCACGUGAUCCUGGCAGCAGGAGAGGGGGUUACGUGUGUGGCGGCUGAGCUGAAGUAGAAACUAUAAACUAGCCUUUAUUUUAAUGAGCUUAUUUUAACCACCUUGCUUUUAUGAUUUCACUUCCGCCCGCUCGGUGGAUCUGAUGUUUUCUUCUUGUUUUUCUGUCAAACUGCUGAACUACGCAGAUCUACUUCCUGUUCACACUGCAGGCUGCUGACAUCAGUGAUGGCGGCUGCUUGUAAUCCUUCAGCUCUUCAUCACAACAAAGCCAAUUCCUGUUGAUGAUGAUGAUGGUUUGCAUGUGCUCAGAGUGUGACAGUUUUCAAACUGAAGCCUCGGUGGUUUAAGAACCAGAGAAAUGAGUGAUGAGGACUGAGCUGGUUGCAGUUAGAAUCGAGGUCUAUGGGCUGUUUGAGUCUGUCUGACCUCGACCGUCUCUAAUCCGAAGCGUGUCAUUGGUGGAGCUUGUCACGUGUCAUUAACCUCACAGACUCAGUUCAGGGUAGAAAACAUGAAUCAGGAACUUUGUUUCCCAGAAUGCCUUGGGUGGAGGCAGCCUGCAGUGUGUCGGCAGAGGGGUCACAUGACCGUGUAGUCAGCAGUGAUUGGUGCUUUUUAUUGAAGCUGUGGGGGGGUGUUUGUUUUGGUGGUCGGGGCUCCUGUCAUACAGAGCUGUGAUGUCAUCAGUUCUCUGUUCCUGCUGUGAUUCUCUACAGUAAUAAAACAUGCUGACAUCA